AUGAUUAUAGGAUCUUUAAAUAUUAGGGGGGGAGGAAGUUGGAUCAAGAGGAAACGUAUCAGUUGUAUCAUUCAAAGAGGCAAAGCGGAUGUGUUUUUUAUUCAAGAAUCUAAAUUGAGGUCAGUGUCGGAUAUUGUGGCUAGGAGUUUCUGGGGAAAUUCAGAUGUUGAUUUCUCUUUCUCGGAAUCUGAGGGAAGGUCGGGAGGCAUCAUUAUUUUAUGGAAAGCUAGUACUAUUUCGGUUGUUUUCAGUUUUCGUGGGACGGGCUUCAUGGGUAUUAAGGUUAGUUGGAAGAAUAAAUUUUAUUAUUUGGUCAAUGUUUAUGCGGCUUGUUCUUUGUCUACUAAGUGUAAUAUGUGGAAAGAAUUGGUGGACUUAAAACAGAAAUUUAGGGAUGGUGAUUGGUUGAUUGGAGGCGAUUUCAACGCUAUUAAAAAAAGAAGUGAAAGAGUUGGUAGUUCUUUGUAUCUUCAUAGAUCGGAAUGGGGUGAGUUUUCUAACUUUAUCGAUAGUUGUGGUUUGAUUGAUGUUCCUUGCAAAGGAAAAAAAUUCUCUUGGUUUAGAGGGGAUGGAGAAACGAAAAGUAGGUUGGAUCGCUUUCUUGUUGAUAGUAACAUUGUUUCUAAUUGGGGAGUGGUGGGGCAGCUAAUUGGGCAAAGGGACGUCUCGGAUCAUUGUCCGGUGUGGUUGGUUAUUGAUAAGGAGAAUUGGGGUCCUAAGCCUUUCAAGUUUAAUAAUGAAUGGUUUAAUAAUAAAGAUUUUUUGCUUUUCGUGGAGUUUGAAUGGAAGGCUAUCAUAAUUAGUGGUAGAGGAGAUUUUGUCCUAAAGGAGAAAUUUCGUAUUAUUAAGGAGAGGCUUAAAUGGUGGAAUAUUACCGUUUUUGGCAAGUUCGAUUUGGAAGUGGAGGAAGGGGUGCGAGAGUUGAAUGAGGCGGAUGAUUGUGAUGUUUUUGAUGAUGAGAUUCAAGCCUUAAAAAGAAUUGCUAGUAGUAGACUUUGGUUGAAUCUUAGAAUCAAAGAGAACAUGCUUAUACAAAAAUCGAGAUUAAAGUGGCUUAAUGAUGGAGACUCUAAUAGUAAAUAUUUUCAUAGUGUUAUGAAAGAGAGAAGGAGGAGGAAUCAUAUUGGUUCUAUUACCACUCCAAGCGGAAUCAUUGAUGAAGUGGGGGAGGUUAAGGAAGAAGUGUGGCGGCAUUUUGAUAGUAAGUUCAAGGAAGCUAAUUUUAGUAGACCGGUUCUUGAUAAUGUGGAGUUUAACUCUUUUGUCUUCGGAGGAAAGCGCUUCCCUUGA